ACUUUUGUUCUAGUAGGAAAAGGCACAGAAACAGGACAAAGGAGAAUUUCAGAGAAGUGCAAUGAGAAGCAAAUGAAACAGGUGAAUGGUCUAGAAGAGCCUCACUGAGGUGGUAACUGUCCUCUCUGCUUGGAGAAAAAACAGUUCUAUCCAGGAGAGGGGAUGGUAGAUGUACAGAGCCCUCCCAUGGGAACCAGUGUGACUGAAGGUGGCAGAGAACAGGGAUGCAGAGGCCAGGCCAGGGUACAUGCUGUGGUGGGUAGGCUUUCUUAGGGCAGCAAGGAUCUGCCUAUGGUAGAGGAAGGAGCCCAGCUGUGAGGUCUCAAGGCCUGGCGUGGAUCAGGGUCUGUAGGGGCUGGGCGAGCAAGCCAGCGGAGGUGUGGGAAGGACCCAGGCUCACAGAAACCAAACCUGGCUGACCUAGGAGGGUCUGUAGGUCAGUCUGUUGCCAGAACCUGAUGAGCUCAGUCUUGGCAUCUGGCCAUUGGGCCAAGAUCAGGACCCUAGGACUUAAAGAACUUGCCACAAAGACUGAGCCCCUUGGAGGUGGUGGCUGAGCCCCAGCUUCCUGCCUCCCUGCAGCAGAUGCUCACUGGGCCUUGUGAGAGCAACCCUGGCCAUGGACAGGCUGGGUCCUUGAUGUGAGCCAGCUGUCUGGGGGAACCUAUGCUGCUGCUCUGUGGCUUCUUCAUGAUGUACAACCUGCCUUGAGAAAGCUGGGUAGAGAGCCUGGGGCACUAUCUUUGGGUAUUCACUAGUGGCUGGACCUCCAGGGAACUACUAGGUCUAGGCCUGUAGGCAAGUGGCCUUGCCAGUUCUAGCACUAGGUGUGGGCAGGAGCCAUGCCUGGGGGCACUGCAAGGUGGGUCAUGCUGUGCACAUGGGACACCAGGCAGUUCUUCCAGGCCCCAUGCCCAGCCCCUUCAUCAGCAAAUCAGAACUGUUUUCAGUCCCUGGGGUGGGAAGUGGGGAGGGGAACAAGGUCAGGGCUAACAGAGGGUGGGUGGCAGGCAGGACAGUGCGUCCUUUCCUCCCAGCACAGCGACUCAGAUUCCGACCCUGAGAGUGCACCCCUGCCGCCGUCCAUCCCCAGCGCUGUGCCUGUGACUGGAGAGUCCUUCUGUGACUGUGCCAGCCAAAGUGAGGCCGCCUCUUGCAGCACCCUGCACACAGCCCAUCGGGGCAAGGAUUGUCGUUGUGGGGAGGAAGACGAGUAUUUUGACUGGGUAUGGGAUGACCUGAACAAGUCCUCGGCCACUCUGCUGAGCUGUGACAACCGCAAAGUUAGCUUCCACAUGGAGUACAGUUGCGGCACUGCAGCCAUCCGGGGCACCAAGGAGCUGGGGGAAGGCCAGCACUUCUGGGAAAUCAAGAUGACCUCGCCUGUCUAUGGCACUGACAUGAUGGUGGGCAUUGGGACAUCAGAUGUGGACUUAGACAAGUACCAUCACACAUUCUGCAGCCUACUUGGCAGGGAUGAGGACAGCUGGGGACUCUCCUACACAGGGCUCCUUCAUCACAAGGGAGACAAGACAAGCUUCUCCUCAAGGUUUGGCCAGGGCUCCAUCAUCGGUGUGCACUUGGACACCUGGCACGGGACACUGACUUUCUUCAAGAACAGGAAGUGCAUAGGGCUCAGGCUGGGCCCCUCCCUUCCAGGAGUGGCAGCCACCAAGCUGCAGAACAAGAAGUUCUACCCGAUGGUGUGCUCCACAGCAGCCAAGAGCAGCAUGAAGGUGAUCCGCUCCUGUGCCAGUGUCACCUCCCUGCAGUAUUUGUGUUGUUAUCGGCUGCGGCAGCUGCGGCCAGACUCAGGGGACACACUUGAGGGCCUACCCCUGCCGCCUGGCCUCAAGCAGGUGCUGCACAACAAGCUGGGCUGGGUGCUGAGCAUGAACUGCACCUACCGCAAGUCCCCAGCACCCUCACCCAAGGCAGUGGCUGUAGCCAGUCCCAACAGCCCCGAGACCAGGCCCUGCCAGAGGAAACGCUGCCGACGGACCUAACUUAUUU